CUGGCUGAGAAGGAGGAUGAGGAGAGGUGAAGAGGAUGAAGAGUUAGUUACUCUGCACUCCGAUCCUAUUAAAACUGCAGAAUUAUAGAAAAAGUGCGAUUCAGCAAUGUUCCCCACUUUUACUGCUCUUUAACUGGAUCAGUUCAGACUUUCAGUACUUUUCUAGUUUGCAUAUGUUUCAUUUCUGAAGGCGGGAAGAUGUUGCUCAGGUUGUUAAAAUGGACAGUUUGCGUUCUCGGGCUCCUCACGACGAGCAACGCCUCACCUGACGACGCAUCGGUCGACUUCGGGGGAGAGUCCGGUUCCGGGAUGCUGCAAACAGAUGAGGUGAACAUCCUGCAGGAGCUUUCUUUUCAUAUCACAAACAACAGUAAUGCCUCCAUGACUGUGGGUGAGAGCAAGUGUCCAGUCCUGCAGGUGGGACAGUACUCCACCUUGGCCCUCCCUCUGAGACAGAUCUUCAUCAAUGGGUUUGAAGAUGAGUUCAGUUUGCUGGUACAGUUGCGAAGUCCUCAGAGGGAAGAACGAAGUGUCUUCACUAUGCUCAGCCCCGACAAUCAUGUCAUGCUGCAGCUGCGGAUCAGUGCUCAUGCCAUCAUCUUCAUAGGAACGCAGCAGAGACACUAUGAGUUCCCGGUCAGUGGUUUGUCUGAUGGAAAGUGGCACCAUGUGGCUAUCAGUGUGGCUGCCAAGCGGCUCGCACUCUAUGUGGACUGCUCUCUGCUGGAGAGUGUGGACUGGGUUUACUACGGCAUGGGGAUCAGCACCGACGGCCUGCUCAUGGUUGGAGGAACUAUUGAGAGCUUUGAAACUCCAUUUGAAGGUCAUCUUCAACAGCUGGCCUUCCUGAUGGGAGAUCCAGAUGCUGCCCAGCAGCACUGUAGCCACCACCCACCCCUCUGCAGUGUCACUGCCCUCAAGCCUCCCCGCUUACCACGCACCAACAACCCGCUGCAGAAUAUACUGUUGUCCUCAAAUGACCUGGAGAACCUGCUGGGGGAUCCAAAGGACAAGUCUUUUUUGAGCUUUGGCCGAACUAAUGCGUUCCUGCGACGAGAAAGUUCACGAGGCGAUGGGACGGUCCCUUCUAGACCCAAUCGGAAAGGUUCAGUAGGUCGUGGGGGUGUCCUUUUGGUGGAUGAGGACACUGACUUGUUGGAUACGAUCUUCCAAAAUGGCAGACAAGUGAACCCACGGUUAAAACCUUCCAGAAAUGGACCUAAGGGAAGCCAGAAAGGGAAACCUGAACUAUCAUCUAAAAAUAUGGAGGAAAACAUUACCACAGAGAAGAAAAAAGAUUCUAAUGGGAGGACUUCAUCACUGUUUCCUGGAAAGCCUUCAGAUGAUGUAAUAGACCUGGACAUUGGAGGUUCUCCUAAGAAGCCCUCGCUAGGGUUUCCUGCACCUCCUAAGAUUCCUUCAGAUCCCAGAUCCACCACAGAUUCCAGCAAAGAGACCACAACUAUUUCACCUUUACCUGAUGUCAAGGGGAGCUCCCGCACCACGCAGAGUUCCAUACAGUUUGAUCGUAGACAUGAGCACAAAGGCAGACUACCAGAAAAAGGCCGCCCUGCAACUGUAGCCAUUGUGUCUAGAGAUGGAAACCUGGUUUUGGGCUCAGAUGGCAAAAUGUACCGGCUUCAGAGAGGCCCACCUGGCCGUAUGGGUCCGCCCGGGCUGGAAGGUUGUCCUGGUGAGCCUGGCCUCCCUGGGUUUAAAGGUGAUAAGGGAAAGACAGGCCCUGGAGGGAGACAAGGAAACAAGGGGGAGAGGGGACCUCCUGGACCACCAGGUUUACCAACCCUCUACCUGUGGAGGAACACUGCUGAGGAAUGGGCUGCAUUCCAGCAAACCAGUUUCUACCAGUUGCUUGCUGCAGGUUGGCCUAGUAGAGAAGGCCCCGCAGGACCACCUGGAGAAAUGGGCAGGCCUGGCAGACAGGGGCCACCUGGUGAACCCGGGGAGCGAGGAAGACCAGGGAUGCCAGGAGAGAUGGGGGAUCGAGGUCCUCGUGGCCCUCCAGGACGAUCCGGGACUGCAGGGCGAGAUGGGGACAAUGGGGAAGAUGGUCAGCCGGGGUCACCUGGUGUUCCCGGAUCACAGGGCCCGUGGGGAUACAGGGGAGAGCGAGGACCUAAAGGGGAAAAAGGUGAUGAGGGUCUUACUGGCCCCAGAGGUCCAAGAGGUGAAAUUGGUGAACCUGGCGAGAAGGGUGGAACUGGUUUACCUGGUCCACAAGGCCCUGUUGGACCCCGUGGGCCUCAGGGAAUCCGAGGUGGCGCUGGGCCAGAGGGACCCCCUGGGCCUGAUGGGGAGAGCGGACUGGAUGGCCUACCAGGUCUGCCAGGGCCGCCGGGUGCACCAGGUGCUACAGGACGAGUUGGCGCACAAGGAGUUAAUGGCUCAAGGGGGGACAUUGGACCUGCUGGCUGUGUUGGCCCUAAAGGCCCACAGGGGGCUCCAGGUUUCGAGGGACAGAUUGGACCUCCGGGACUCAGAGGACCGCAAGGGCAUCUAGGAUUGACGGGUUCUCCUGGCCCCAAAGGAGAUCCUGGGCCUGUGGGGCCUAUGGGGGCCCGGGGGGAUCCCGGCUCAGAGGGACCCAUGGGUGCACCAGGGAGAAAGGGUGAUGUGGGUUUUCCUGGAAGAACGGGUAACAGAGGACCAGACGGGGAAAAGGGUGAUCCAGGAGCUAAAGGCGACAGAGGUAUACAGGGGGCAACAGGCAUUAGCGGUCCUCAAGGAGAGAGGGGCCUCGUUGGAUUCCCAGGUUUCCCAGGAGCCAAAGGCCAGCCCGGCCCUGAAGGCACUGAGGGCAUCGAUGGCGAAACUGGCCUCCAGGGAAAACAGGGCAGCCGUGGGUUAAAGGGAAACAGAGGACCAGAUGGACGUGAUGGCAAACCAGGACCCAGGGGGAACAAGGGUUUGACCGGACAAAGAGGUCAUCCUGGCCAACCAGGCCCACCGGGUUUGCCGGGGCCACCUGGAACAGAGGGAGCAGAAGGAAAGCCUGGUACACAGGGUCCCUCAGGUGCAGCUGGUGUUGCUGGUACUAAAGGACCGAUGGGGUUUCAAGGAAUUCCCGGAGUGAGAGGAACAGAUGGUCCACCAGGUUCUGCGGGGCCAACGGGGAAGUCGGGGCCUCCAGGCUCACCAGGACCCCCAGGAGAAAGGGGUUUCACAGGGAAGCCAGGCUUGGAGGGACCUCAGGGCCCUGUAGGCAUGUAUGGUAUCCCAGGAACUGUGGGAAUGCGCGGUUCUCCAGGUUUGACAGGACAGAGGGGGGAGCCAGGUUUACGAGGAUUACCCGGGCCUGUUGGGAAGCCAGGACCUCCAGGUUUCCAAGGUCCUCCUGGAGAGAAGGGACCCCGGGGACCACAGGGUCGUCCAGGAGAUGACGGGCCCAAUGGGAUACAGGGUCCACAAGGUCCUCCAGGUCUACCAGGUCCUGAUGGGGCAAUUGGAAAACCAGGACCAAUAGGAAGCAAAGGGCCUCCAGGACCUCAGGGACCACAGGGACAGGCAGGAAUCCCAGGUCCGCAGGGUGCUGAUGGAUUAUCAGGGGACUCGGGGGAAAGAGGACCUAAGGGUUUACCUGGAUUACCUGGAGAAGCAGGCCCCAUGGGACGACAAGGACAGCAGGGUCCUCCUGGCCACACAGGAAUCGAGGGCCCACCUGGAAGGAAAGGAGACCAGGGGGAUUUAGGACCUUGUGGGAAACCUGGUCCUAAAGGGCCACCAGGAGAGAGGGGACCUCAGGGGGGAAAAGGACUACAAGGACCACCUGGACCAGUCGGUAAAGAGGGGGAUGUUGGACUUCCCGGUGAAGCUGGAGAUCCUGGACCCAAGGGGGAGAAGGGUGAGCUGGGACCUCUUGGUUUGUCUGGUCGAGAGGGUCCCUGGGGACCCCUCGGAGAAAAUGGUGACAGGGGUCCAAAGGGGGAGAAGGGCAACUUGGGACUGAUGGGUGAACCAGGACUGAUGGGUGAACUAGGCCCUGUGGGUCUGCCUGGGUUACUGGGAAUGACAGGUCCUCCUGGACGUCCAGGUCCCGAUGGACCUCAGGGAGAGAAGGGCGAGCAUGGGCCUGUAGGAAUUACUGGACCGCCGGGUUCAGGAGGCCCUCAGGGGAUAAUGGGGUCACAUGGUGUCAGAGGAGAUCCUGGGAGGCUCGGACCACCUGGUCCAGUAGGACAUGCAGGACCAAAGGGACAUGAGGGAAGUAAAGGAGAACCUGGGGAACUGGGACUCAAGGGAGAGCCAGGACCUCCAGGCCCACCAGGGGAGCCGGGCGAUGAUGGUCUUCCAGGAAUUCAGGGUCCUGGAGCUCUGCCAGGGUUAGAGGGGCCUCCCGGAGAGGUGGGACCCCAGGGUCUCUCAGGUCCUAUAGGUGUUCCUGGAGUUCAAGGAAGACCGGGACCUGAAGGCAAACAGGGCAUGAAGGGGGAGAAGGGAGAAGAAGGCAAAACUGGUUCACCAGGGAAGAGGGGUCAUGUUGGAAGGAGGGGGAAAAGGGGCAAGGCUGGAGUGAGAGGGCCCAGGGGAGAGAGAGGACCAAAGGGUGAAAAGGGAGACACAGGACCGGUGGGGCUCCCUGGAUGGUCAGGACUCAUUGGAAUCCCUGGCUUACGUGGAGACUCAGGUGAUCAAGGUCAAAGGGGUGAAAAGGGUGACAAAGGAGACAUGGGACUGCCUGGACUACCUGGAGUUGAUGGCAUGAAGGGUAUCCGUGGUCUUGUUGGAUUGCCUGGUCCUGAGGGUCCAAAAGGGGAACAGGGAAACAUUGGUCUGCCAGGGCCCAGGGGCAUGUCAGGGAUGCCUGGAUUGCCUGGUUUGUUUGGAUUAAAGGGAUUGAAAGGCUAUCAAGGUCUGCCUGGUCCACCUGGCAGGAAGGGGCUGCCGGGUCCACCUGGCAUUCCCGGACUUCCCGGAAAGUCACUGAACGUGACCUUGUCUCAGCUCAAGGACCUCAUGUACAUGUCAGAUAAGCCCAACUAUCUUCUGAUCCAGACGUUGCUGGAUACUCUUCAGGAGGAGCUUCGGCUGCUUUUGGAUCCUCCUGAUGGCAGCAAAGAGCAUCCAGCUACUACCUGUCUGGAGCUCUGGCUCUGUCACCCUGAAUACAGCAGUGGAAUGUAUUACAUUGACCCCAACCAGGGCAGUCCUGCCGAUGCCCUGCUGGCUUACUGCAGCUUCUCUUCAACAUCAAAACAGACCUGCCUUCAUCCUCAAGACUCUCAGUUGCCAAUGAAAGCUUGGAUGGAGGACUUUUCUGAGGAAGGAUCUUUUCAGUGGCUCAGCAAGCUGGAUGAGGGAUUUCAGUUUUAUUAUCAAGGUGCUAAUGUGGUCCAGAUGCGCUUCCUGAGAUUGCACAGUGGCACAGCUGUACAGAAGGUUACCUACUCCUGCCAUCCAGGACACAGACUGGGCCCAGCCAGCCGAGAUGUCAAAUUCCUCACUGACUCAAGGACACAAAGUUACCUCGGAGCAGUUCAAGAUUGUGUGCCUGGAGAGGAGAUGGAAUCUGGUCCUCGGGAGUCUGUGCUGGAGUUUGAGGACCUCCAUCUCCUUCCUCUGAGAGACGUGGCACUAAUGGGAGGAGGAAACACGACAUACCAGUUUGGCCUCACUGUUGGACCUGUGUGUUUCAGCUAGAGGUGGGAGAAAGCUGCACCAUCCCGGAAGACUCUCAGGUCCAGGACACAAACUCUCUUUAAAUCAUGGACAAGUGGAACCUUCCAGUCUGUGAAGUUUUUGCUUCUUUAUCCUCUAGUGUUGGAGGAUUUUAUCCCUCAAGUUCAGUGACUUUGUAUGACUGAAUCUUUGAGGCCAAUAGUGCCCCCAGGCUUUUUUUCACGGAGAAGGCAAUUUCGUUUACAGAGACAUUAAAUAAUUUAAGUGUAUGUUUUUUGUUUUUUUUUUUACAUGCAUCCUUCAUACAGUGUUUUGUUUUUUGUUAUGCAGUUAUGCAGGGAUUGUGUUACAGCUUGCUCACUGUGUAUAUAAAACGUCAGACUGUCCUAGCUGAUGUCUAUAACAAUGUGUUCUUUACAGGGACACAGCUUCUGUUGUCCCAUAGGCCUGUAAAGCUCUCACUGUAAAUCCACUAUUCUAGUACUGUAAGUGAACCUAGGUGUCAUUUUUCUCAAGGUGCUAAUUUUAUUCAAAAGACCACCAUUUAUUUAAUACAAAAACCAAUAGAAAGGGACAGUUAUAUUACUUGAUUUUUUCUGUCUGUUGUCAACAAGAUCAACUGUCUUCAUCUCUUGAAAUACAAAUUAUUGUUUAUUGUUUUCAGUGUUUCAUGUUGCUAUGUUUUUUUUCUUUUCUUUCUUUAAAUUUGUCUCAGGUAUGACUACACACGUUGGCACUGAAUCCGAUGUUGCCACUCUGUUGUCCAGUUUUGUAGUUUGGCCUUUAAACCAAACCUAGAAAAUCUUGAUUUCAAACAUUGGAUAAAUACACAUAAAGACCAAAAUCCAACAGUGAUUUGCUAAUGGUAAAUGAAAACACAAUAUGUGAUCCAUCCCUCAUCUUGUAGCUAGAGAUACUCACCAGAGAACUAAAUGUGAUGCAGCACGAGAAAAGGCCAAGUAUCCUGGCUGUGCACAGAAACAGCCAAGGAACAACCAGACUUUCUAAUAUUUCCAAUGUUUAUGAUCACUGCCUGCAAAUAUCUCUCAAAACAAUAUCUGUGAAAUGCAUUUUAUUCAAGAGUUUAAUAUGCAUAACUUUGCAUAUAAGCAACACACAAUUUUGACCCACAUGCUCAUCCAGCAAAGCUCUCAGCUAUGAGGGGAAAAUCCUCACUCAGCACAGCCAUACUUACCUACGGGGUGAGCUGGCCAGACAGCCAGUGAAAUGUGGCCCUUUAGCGAUGCUGGUGACUUUUCUGACUUGUGGCGGUAACGCUGUGUGGAUUGACAGUCGCUACAAGUGACUGUUAAUCUAUUUGCAUCAUUACUGAAGUAGAAUAAUUUACAGAACGGAUACAGUUUCAAAUAGAAAAUAAAGAUAGAUAAAUGUUUUUUGCACGCUAAUAUAGAAGUUUUUAAAUUUUAGGAAACAAAACCUUAAAAAUCUUGGACAAAUCUGUAUUUCUCCACAGCUGAGAAUAGCUGAGAAUAGCUGAAAAAAAGAAGUAGUAAUUAUUAACUCCAGAUUCAUUCGUGGUUGUGCAUAGUAUCAUGGUGGCGUAAAAACUGUAGCGCCCGUAUGUCUCAGGUAAUUCCUCAAAGUUUUUUUUUUCUAACAGAAUUCCACUUCAGUUUAGAGAAAAGCAUGAUUAGUGUAAUGACAGUACUUCUUUUGGCUGCUUAGGUGUUGCCCCAGCGGAUCAUCUUCCUCCAUCUCUAGCUCUCCUGUCACAUCAACCCUCUGCAUGUCCUCCUCCACUAUAUCCAUGAACCUCCGCUGAGGUCUACUUCUUUUCCUCCUGCCUUCAGGAGCAUCUUCAACAUUCUUUGUCCUGUGUCCCUCCUUUUCACAUGUCCAAAUCAUCUCAGCCUCACCUCUCUAACUUUGUCUCCAAACCGCUCAACCUGAGCUAUCUUUCUGAUGUACUCAUUUCUAAUCACGUCCAUCCCGGUCACUCACAAUAAAAAUCUUAACAUCCUCAAAUCGUGAAAUCUGCCCCCCCACCCACCCUUCUGCCUUCUGUCAUCUGUCUUUCUGUCAGUGCCACCAUCUCCAAACCAUGCAUCAUAGGUUUCACUACCACGACCAUUAAAUUUUGAGAAGAUGUUUCCGCAUCCAAUAACUAAGUAGAUAAUAAAGUAAAUAAACAAAUUAGUAGUACAUUUUGAAUUGGGUCACACCUUUGAAACCUUACAGAAAAAACCCCCUAAAUUGUCAGACAAAAGUGGGUAAUAAUCCAAUACAGUUUAGCAUCACAUAGACUGCAUGCAAUGAAAGCCUGCAAAGACAUGACUGGUCAAUACAACUACAAGUGGAAACCAGAGCUUCCGGUACCAGUGCCUUGGUACAAUCUACAUAGAGAUAGAGAUUACCAGCCGUAUUAAAGUUAAUAGUAGUUUCCAGUUCCAUAUUUGUAAUUCAUGUGCUUUAUGACAGCAGCUUUGCGUGACUCACAGUUGGAAAAAAAUCCUUAUUUACCUGACACUGAUCCUUUGUGCAGCCUAUUUUUUGUGCAGCCUGAAACAAACUGUUUUGAUUUGACCCUUUAAGCCAGCUUUGUUGUGAUUGGCUGUCCCUUGCAAACAGAAAUUUCUGACAGCAAGUGGGUGGGUCUUUAGUGCUCACAUCCAGAACUUUGACUCAAAAAUGACCAUUUUAAUAUUUAUUCUGUCUUUGACAUCACAGAUCCAGUAUAAGUAGAAAAAAAUAAGUAAUCUAAGCAUUUACAGCUCUCUCUAACGACUUUUUUUAAAAUGAUCAUUUAAUUCAAAAAAAUUGAAUCAAAACUAGGUCUAGAAAUAUCCUGAUUAUCUAACUUACUGUUUUCCCCCAUUUUCUUUAAUGUCUUUGACAAAAACCAAUGGAAUCUGACAAUUUGUCACAUUUUAAAUAAAUGUUUCCUAUCCUUCUCUCCCACACAUUUAGUCCUACAUCAAAGUUUUUACCCUUUUAACAUGGGAAAUGUGACAUUCAGCCAUAUGAGAUGUGUUAUGCAAAGCAAAAAGUGAGACUAAACACAUAUAACCAGUAGUAGAGUAGUACCCUGACCCUGCUAAGCUUCUUUGGCUCACUGUAAAAAAAAAAAAGAAAAAAAAAAAAAAAAAUUACCCACUUAGCUUUGAGCAAUUUCUGUUUACCUGAAUUUCUUCCUUAUUCAAUCUGCAAAGCGCUUGGGUCCAGUGGCAGGAGGAAAAUCUCGUAGCUGCUCUGCAGAAUUUGUGCUUGUGUCCCAGAGUCGGUCAGCUGUGAGUGAUGAGCAGUGUGCUGUAAAGUGUGCACGGAGAGUAAGAUGUCAGGGAGUUGGUGGUGAGAGCCCAAACAACAUCAGUCCAACUGGAGAACUAAAAAAAACAUCAUUCUCAAACUAAAGUCUGCCGGGAACCAGAGAGCCAGAGGUCAACCAGAUGAAUUACAAUUAAACAUCUCAGUCACAGUUGUUUCAUUCUGGCUUUGUGUUAAAUAUUUAAUAUUUUCUUUUUGUAUUUAGAUUUUAUAAUAGCAUUUUAUAUGAUUGCCUUAGCUGGCUGAGACUGAUCAUUGUUACUUUGCUUGUUUUGUAAAAUUAUCACUCUUAAAAAUAUGAAACAAAAUGCUGGGCAUCUAACUUGUGUGAUCCCUCCAUCAACUUGUUCAAAGUGUGUCAGCUGAAUUAAAAAAAUAUAUACAUAUACGUAACCAAAUAUUGUC